AUGAAAAGUGUUGCGCGUGUGCUGCGCCGCGCAGCAGUAAGAGGUUUGAAGAGGUUUUUUCCAAAAAACAAACAGCACCUAAAUCUCUCCAUCCUUGUAGCAAUGGAUUUCAGGGUGCCAGGAUUCAGUGUGGAAAUGCAGCACAAUCAAUUAGUCUAUCCUACACCAUCUGCAUCAUCAGCUUGUUCCAACCAUACUAACUUUUUUGAUCAGGCAAUGGAAGGAGGACCGGUGGAUACGAGAGAAGUGAUUCAGCGUGAACUUGAGAAGGAGAUGAUACGCGAGAAGAUUAUAGCAGAGGAAGUGGAGCGUUUUAACGUUUUGGAAGCAGAAGUGAGGAGAGAAUUGAUGAUGGGAAGAGAAAUGAUGGCAAAGAAGAGCGAAAAGGGAUUUUCAUCGUCGUUUAUGUCAGGGCUUCAGUCUGGUGAAUCUCAUGAUAUCACCACCUCACUCCUAAAAGUUGGUAUGGGAAACCUGAACCUCUAUGGUCUAACCCCGCCUGAAUCCAAACUGAAGCCAUCACCAUCAUUUCCGGCUGCUCGACGUUCAUCUGAGCUUAACUCUUGUAAUUCAAAGAAGAUGGAGUGGAGGUGUUCGAUCUGUAAAAUUAGUGCAUCAUCUGAACGUGGUUUGCUUGAACAUCUUGCAGGACAGAAACACCAUGUCAAAGCAGCUUCUAUAGUGAUCAAUAACUCACCCAAAUAUGGUCCAAGUUUAAGUAAUAAAAUGGAGUGGAGGUGUCCGAUCUGUGAGGUUAGUGCACCAUGUGAGCGUGGUUUACAGGAUCAUCUUGCAGGAAAGAAACAUCAAGCCAAAGUGACAGCUUUGAGAGCCGACAACGCCGAAAAAGCCAUGAAAUCUGUUGAGAACUCAUCUGAGUCUGUUCCAAAUGAUUCAAAAGAAGAUGAGAAAACUCCACCACCACAACCACCACCGUCGUUACCAACUCUUGCUGGUUCAAGUGAGCCUUUAAAGAAGAAAAUGGAGUGGAGAUGUCCGAUCUGUAAGGUGAGUUCAUCAAGUGAGAUAGAUUUACAAAAUCAUCUUGCAGGGAAGAAACACAAGGCCAAAGUAGCGAUUGUAAGAAAAGGAAAAAACAUUUAA